GAGGCGGGACGGGCUAGAUGAAUAACUCGGUGUUCGACUUGUCCUGCCUCGGGCGGCAGUUCCUCCUCCGCUUCAUUACUGACUGCACACGCGGCCGGCGCUCGGCGCUCGAUUGCUCCGGCCUAUCACCCUGGGAUGCCGCCUGCCGCCGCCACCGCCACCGCCACCGCCACCGCCGCGGCUGCCGGGCUUGUGGGAUCUGCGGCGGAGCCGGAGCCGGAGCCGCGACGGCAGCGGUGGCUUGAGAGUUAGGGGGGCGGGCCGGCUCGUUCCAGGGGUGGGGGCUGAGGGCAGGAGGGCGAGAACCCGGGGCCAUCGGCUCCCUUCAGGCUGAGGGAGCGGACACUCGGAGCCCCCGAGGCGGCGGGAGCCGGUCGGAGGGGGCGGCCCCUGGCGGCGACGCCCCCAGCCCAGCCCUGCCGGCCGCGCUCCAUCCCCAGUCCGAGCCCCGCUCCGGCCGCGGGAGACGCCGGCCGGGGUUUAAAGGGAGGCGGCUCUGAGGGGGCUGGCGGGCGAGCCGCCCCUCCCGGGUCCUUCCUCGUCUCCUCCCGGGAGGGACCCGCACCUGAGCCCGGACCCCCCCGCGGCCGGGGCCACGCUGGACCCGCCUCCCGGCCGGGGCCCCGCUCGCCGGCUGCAGGUGGGCUGCAGCGCCCGAGCCGCGGGCAGGGGGCGGCGGGGAAGGAGGUGAGCCGCGUCCGCCGGCGGCGCCCGGUCCCUGCCCCGCCGCGCGCUCCUCCCCUCCCCGCAGGCAGGGCGCGGAGCCUUGCGCCCGCCCCCCGGCGCGUCCCCCCCGGGCACCAUGGAGCUCUCCCCGGCGUCCGGAGGAGCGGAGGCGCUGUCCUGGCCGGAGAUGUUCUCGGGACUGGAGUCCGACUCGCCGCUGCCGCCGGAGGACCUGGACGCGGCCGUCCCCGUCGGCGGGGCCGUGGCGGGUGGCAUGUUGGACCGGAUCCUCCUGGAGUCGGUGUGCCAGCAGCAGGGCUGGGUCCGCGUGUACGAUGUGAAAGGGCCACCUACGCAUCGUCUGUCUUGUGGCCAGUCACCCUACACUGAUACCACAACAUGGGAGCGGAAGUACUGCAUCCUCACAGACAGCCAGUUGGUGUUGCUCAACAAGGAGAAGGAGAUACCCACGGAGGGAGGACAGGAGCAGCAGGCCGAUUCCACCAAAGGGAGAUGCCUGAGAAGAACUGUCAGUGUCCCUUCCGAGGGUCAGUUUCCUGAGUACCCACCAGAGGGCACCACUAAACUGGAGGUGCCAGCAGAAAGAUCCCCUCGCAGACGGAGUAUCUCAGGGACCAGUACCUCCGAGAAACCCAACUCCAUGGACACUGCAUAUACCUCACCCUUCAAAGUACCAGGGUUCUUCAGCAAGCGCCUGAAAGGCUCCAUCAAGAGGACCAAAAGUCAAUCAAAGCUUGACAGAAACACGAGCUUUCGGCUUCCAUCCCUUCGUAAUACAGAUGACAGGUCUCGUGGGCUGCCUAAACUGAAAGAAUCCCGUUCCCAUGAGUCCUUGCUGAGCCCAUGCAGUGCAGUGGAGUGUCUGGAUCUUGGCAGAGGGGAGCCUGUAUCCGUGAAACCGCUUCAUAGUAGCAUCCUUGGACAAGACUUCUGCUUUGAGGUUACCUACUUGAGUGGAAGUAAAUGCUUCAGCUGUAACUCUGCUUCAGAAAGAGAUAAGUGGAUGGAAAACCUUCGCAGGACAGUUCAACCAAAUAAGGACAAUUGCAGACGAGCUGAAAAUGUUCUUCGUUUAUGGAUCAUUGAAGCUAAGGACCUCGCCCCAAAAAAGAAAUAUUUCUGUGAACUGUGCCUUGAUGAUACCCUCUUUGCUCGUACAACCAGCAAGACCAAAGCAGACAAUAUUUUCUGGGGCGAACAUUUUGAAUUCUACAGCCUUCCACCUCUUCAUAGCAUCACAGUUCACAUUUAUAAAGAUGUGGAAAAAAAGAAAAAGAAGGACAAGAAUAAUUAUGUAGGUCUAGUCAACAUCCCCUCUGCCAGUGUGACUGGUCGCCAAUUUGUAGAAAAGUGGUAUCCAGUGAGUACACCUACACCGAACAAAGGAAAGACAGGAGGACCUUCUAUUCGAAUUAAAUCGCGUUUCCAAACUAUCACCAUUCUGCCUAUGGAACAAUACAAAGAAUUUGCAGAAUUUGUCACCAGCAACUAUACCAUGCUGUGUUCUGUCCUUGAACCAGUAAUUAGUGUGAGAAAUAAAGAGGAGUUGGCUUGUGCCUUAGUGCACAUUCUUCAAAGUACUGGCAGAGCCAAGGAUUUUCUGACGGACUUGGUGAUGUCUGAGGUGGAUCGUUGUGGAGAACAUGAUGUCUUGAUCUUCAGAGAGAAUACCAUUGCCACCAAGUCCAUUGAGGAAUACCUCAAGUUGGUGGGACAACAGUAUCUUCAUGAUGCCUUGGGGGAGUUCAUCAAAGCUUUGUAUGAGUCAGAUGAGAACUGUGAAGUGGAUCCCAGCAAAUGUUCAUCUAGUGAAUUGAUAGAUCAUCAGAGCAACCUGAAAAUGUGCUGUGAACUGGCUUUUUGCAAGAUCAUCAACUCUUACUGUGUUUUCCCUCGUGAACUGAAAGAGGUGUUUGCAUCAUGGAAGCAGCAGUGCUUGAACCGCGGGAAGCAAGACAUCAGUGAACGGCUCAUCAGUGCCUCAUUGUUCCUGCGUUUCCUGUGCCCAGCCAUCAUGUCUCCCAGUCUGUUCAACCUUAUGCAGGAGUAUCCUGAUGACCGCACGUCUCGGACUCUGACUCUGAUUGCCAAGGUCAUUCAGAACCUGGCUAACUUUGCCAAAUUCGGUAACAAAGAAGAAUACAUGGCAUUCAUGAAUGAUUUUUUAGAACAUGAGUGGGGUGGAAUGAAGCGUUUUCUUUUGGAGAUCUCUAAUCCAGACACCAUCUCAAAUACCCCAGGCUUUGAUGGUUACAUUGACCUGGGCCGGGAGCUUUCAGUUUUGCAUUCCUUACUGUGGGAAGUAGUUUCCCAACUUGAUAAGGGUGAAAAUUCCUUCCUACAGGCGACUGUGGCAAAACUGGGACCUCUCCCUCGGGUUCUUGCUGAUAUCACCAAGUCUCUGACGAACCCUACGCCAAUACAACAGCAGCUGAGACGCUUCACUGAGCAUAACUCCAGUCCCAAUGUCAGUGGAAGCCUCUCUGGGCUGCAGAAAAUAUUUGAAGACCCUACUGACAGUGAUUUGCAUAAACUAAAGUCUCCAAGCCAGGACAACACAGAUAGCUAUUUCAGGGGGAAAACAUUAUUGCUGGUUCAGCAAGCCUCCUCCCAGAGCAUGACUUACUCUGAGAAGGAUGAAAAGGAAGGUAGCCUUCCUAAUGGGCGGAGCAUCUCCCUCAUGGACCUCCAGGACACGCACGCUGCUCAAGUGGAGCAUGCGUCCGUCAUGCUCGAUGUGCCUCUGCGCUUGACCGGAAGUCAGCUUUCCAUAACCCAGGUCGCCAGCAUCAAGCAGCUGCGGGAAACCCAAAGCACACCCCAGAGUGCACCCCAAGUCAGAAGGCCCCUGCACCCAGCCUUGAACCAGCCAGGCAGCCUCCAGCCCUUGUCAUUCCAGAACCCUGUCUAUCACCUCAGUAACCCAAUCCCAGCAAUGCCAAAGGCCUCUGUGGAUUCCAGUUUGGAGAACCUAAGCACUGCCAGUUCCAGAAGCCAAAGUAACAGUGAAGACUUCAAACUCAGUGGACCCAGCAAUAGCAGCAUGGAAGACUUCAGCAAACGUAGCACUCAGAGUGAGGACUUCUCCAGGCGGCACACUAUGCCAGACAGACACAUACCUCUUGCACUGCCCCGGCAAAAUAGCACUGGGCAGGCGCAAAUCCGAAAAAUGGACCAAGCCGGAUUGGGUGCCCGAGCUAAAGCCGCGCCGUCCCUGCCACACAGUGCUUCCUUACGGAGCACGGGGAGCAUGUCGGUGGCCUCGGCAGCCCUGGUGGCCGAGCCUGUGCAGAAUGGAAGCCGGUCCCGGCAGCAGUCCUCUUCCUCCAGAGAGAGCCCUGUUCCCAAAGUGAGAGCAAUCCAGAGACAGCAGACACAGCAGGUUCAGUCACCUGUGGACUCUGCCACAAUGUCCCCAGUAGAGAGGACAGCAGCCUGGGUUCUGAACAAUGGGCAGUAUGAAGAGGAUGUGGAAGAAACUGAGCAAAAUCAAGAUGAAGCCAAGCAUGCUGAGAAGUAUGAACAGGAAAUCACUAAACUGAAGGAGCGCCUGCGAGUGUCCAGCCGGAGGCUAGAGGAGUAUGAGCGCCGGCUGCUGGUGCAGGAGCAGCAGAUGCAGAAGCUGUUGCUGGAGUACAAGGCCCGGCUGGAGGACAGCGAGGAGCGGUUGCGCCGGCAGCAGGAAGAGAAGGACAGCCAGAUGAAGAGCAUCAUUAGCAGGCUAAUGGCUGUGGAGGAGGAAUUGAAGAAGGAUCAUGCUGAGAUGCAAGCAGUUAUUGAUGCAAAGCAGAAAAUAAUCGAUGCACAGGUCCUAAAUGGAGAUGAGAUUAUUCAAACAGGAAAAACGGAUCGUGUCCCUGGAUUCGGCCAACACCAGACUGAUGAGCGCACUGACCCAGGUGAAGGAGCGGUACAGCAUGCAGGUCCGAAAUGGCCUCUCUCCCACCAACCCCACCAAGCUUUCCAUCACGGAGAAUGGUGAAUUCAAAAACAGCAGCUGCUGACGGCCUUGAUGACUAGACAGACUGUGGGAGGAGACAGAAGGAAAUGUCCCCGCUCUCCUGUCCCCGCCCUUCCCCCAACCCCACCAGGUUUACAGAAUGUUGCUACUUCAGAACAGCAGUGAGGAGAGACACUCUCAAUUGAAGAAGGAACUUUGUCUUUCAGGGCAUAAGGCGAAGAUUCCCAAGGUCGAUACUUUCCCCCCGUGUCUCUGUGUACAUAGGGAACUUAGUUCUGGGCCAUGUACAGAAAAUACCACUGUAAUAUACCCAAAGGAAGUUAAUAAUGUAGAUUACCUUUUUAAUUAUUGCUAUUUUUAUUAUUGUUUUCUCUUGUUGAAAGCACUGCAGUUGUUAGUUGAAUGAGUGAGAAAUGAGCCCAGUGGGUCAGUAUGUAGAGACCCACUGUCUGUCUGUCUGGUAGAAGUGCACGGCAUACAAUAGAACAUUUUCAGAAUGAAUUUUUUCAGGGAUUCAUCUGCCAGUUUAAAAAAAUCCCUCUUCGGCCCUCUGGUCCUUUAGGAAAACAUGCAAAUACUAAGGUCCAAACAAAACAUUUAAUCCCACUGAUAAACCAAGACUGGCUCUGGAUGGACAGCUACUCCACUUUGGAGAUACGCUGCUUCAGAGGACACAGACGAGAGCUCUUGCAUCAAAACUGGACUUCCUGAGGAGUGAGUUCUAUUGAACUCUUGUUGGUGUUUAUCCCCUUCUGUCUAUAGCAGACGGGAAUUUUCCAUUUUAGAUAGGGGACUGUUUUUUUACCCCAGUUGUAAUAAAGAGUGUUCUCUUUCCUCUUUAGAGUUUACAAAACAAUAAAUAUUUGUGUCUGUACACACCAUCUCCACCUUCCCACACCCACUGCCCUCCCCGCCCCGGUGGUGGCAGCAGCGUCACCAACAGGGUUUACUCUCCCCUGGAGAGGUUCUUCCAAUGUGCUGCCCAUAAAUCAUCCAGAACAGACACCCUUUCUUCCGCACAGAAAAGGGCUAACCAUACCAUAGCAGGAAUCUCUGACUAUUUCCUAUUUAAAAACAAAACACUUUCUAUUUGUAAAUUAUAAUUUUUAUUUGGGGUAAAGAUUUUAUUCAUUAUACUAGCAUAUCUCUAGGCAGGGUAAUCGUAUCUCAAUCUUUAACUCUUAAGUUGCUCCUUUAAUCCCUUAAGUAAAAUUUGGGAAGGAAACCCAGAUCUGAAGCGUCACUCUGAAGAGGGGUGACUCUCUUGUAAGAAAAGAAACCCAAAGUGGGAGGCAGCGCGUUCCGUGUGUUGCCCCCAUGCUCUCAGUAGAUCCGUCAGUAACUACUGUCUCACCAGUUGUCAUCUUGGCUUUAGUGUAGGACAGAAACAGUCGUGGAAGCUGAUUGGUUUCCUUUUUUCCAAAGGUGUGAAUUGUCAUCUUGAAUGCAACCCUGAUUAUCAGAAGCAUAGAAUGUUACAUGUUAGCCAUUAUAUAUACAAAUAUAUAUACAUAUAUACAUAUCUAUUCACACAUGUGUACAUAUAACCACACAAAUAGAACUCAUUCAUGCCUUCUGUGCUGUGAGGUAUAAUGUUAAAAGGGUGUUGAAUCUCCUUAAGCAAGAUCUAAGCAGUUGUUUCUGUUGGCAGAGAACAUUUAUCAAGUUAAUGCUCUUUUAAAUGAUAAACUUUAAGGAAAUUUUAAAAAAGGAAAAGAGGCGUGGGGGAAGAAAGACCAGAGGGAGCCCUGUGCAGGAGUGAGUGUUUCCGCAUAACAGACUAUUUGGAAGGGAACAGGAGAACGUUUAUCUAUCGGGUCCUCUUUUGAGUGAAGCCUAGACAGCGGCCCUGAGUCCCUUUCGCAGCGCCCCAGCUUACGUUCUGACGCUUUAGCGCUGCCCUCUCUCGGGUGGGUCUUUGUGUUGGUCCUUGUAUCUCAGCAGCCUCCCCAACCCACGAACUUUUAAAGCAUUUCCCUUCAUAACACUCCCAUUUCUGCCAGUCAGAGACCUCAAGCAGGAGUUCCUCACAGCGCUUAUCUGAUCUGCAGACCUCAUGCCCACAUGUUCGGUACCCAUGUAUUUUCUUGACCUUUGAUAGUUAUUUUACAAAUUCUUACCUCUCCUCUCCAAGCUGAAGGCACACUGUAGUCAAAAUCACUUACUUAAAUGGGGGUGGGGCUUCACCAAUUCUGCAGUAGUGCCCUUUGUGGGAGAGGAUAAUAUAAGCAUAGGUCCACUGUUGCUCAGCUCUAGCCAGGUUUAAUUCUCAUUCAUUCUUCGUAAAAGUCCGUCCACUGUGCUGCAGAAAACCUGGGAAAAGUAUCAUCGAUGUCGAGGGCCUUACGUAUGUAACGUGGGCGAUGUCUUGCUUGAGGUUCGGAAGCUCUCAGGUGCCAGUUAUGGGUUACAGAGGCUGAUAAGCUUACCUGUCCUGGGGGCCUGGACACAGAACAUCAAAUGUGUUUUUGGUGGAUGCAGUUUUUCUUGUUGGCAUGUGGGAGCUCCUUAGAGCUGCCUACUUUGGAAGAUUAAAUGCCCAAAUGUUUGGAUAGAUUAUGCAGCCCUCUAUUAUCAGGUUAUCUUGAAUGAAGAGAAGAGAAUAAAAAAUAAUAAAGUUAGACAUAAGCUAGAAGUUCAGAGUUGUUGCCAGAUGUUGAAUGUUAGAUUAUCCUUUGAGCCUGUUUCUAUACAAAUAUUUUUCUGAGUUUUUCUUUAGAAAAUGCUGCAAUCUAUAGAGCUUAUUCUGAAAUGUUUUUUUCUCAGGUAUGGACGAAGGCAGCAACAGCUGACUUUUUAUGGAGGUAUAGCUUAGUUGGCUUUGCUCAGCCCCAAUAGGUACCAGCCUCUGUGCUAUUGGGAGGAGGGAUAUGGGGAAGAAGCGGGUGGACUCAGAUGGCCGGGCCUUGCACUUCUUCUACCCAGCACAUCGCCACAUUGUGUGCGCUGCAGAGACCCGGAUUGUGUGGAAUUUGGAGGUCAGGGGGCAUGCUUACUAAGUGCUUGUCCCACUAACAACCAAACAUGGCCAUUGACAAGAACAGUGCUGAUAGGAUUCAGGAAAAGAGCUUCAUAUUCCCCGUUUAUAUCAAUGGGCCAAAGGAGUUACAUUUCCAUCAAGUCAUCAUAUUCCCUAAGUCUCUGCAAUAUAAGCCCUGACAGAGAGGAUGUUGUAACUAGGCAACUUGAGCACUGUCUGUGUGCCGGGCUCUAUUACCAAGGUGCCAUUGGGGUCUGGGACAAUCUUUCAGUAAGAAAGAUGGCAAAAUGAGGUAACCAUGCUGCUAUAGCUUUUGGCUUUUUCCAUUGUUAUCGAGUUGGUCAGAAUUAGCUUUUUCUGGGCUGCUUCCGCUUUUCCCUGCGAUGCUGUCAGACAGGGCAAGGAAAAGCAGGAUUUUCUGUCAUGACCACUGUGUGCCCUUGAGAAUGAGCUUGACUUUAGAAGUCAGGCUUCUCACAUCCUAGUCUACCUGUGGCCUUUGUUUGUGGAUCUGCAAUUCUGUCCACCUUGUCCCCAGAGGUACACCAGGUUAGGAGCAGUUCUGUUUUGGAAGCCCCAGAGCAAGACAGCUGCCAUCAAGUGAGCUUGCAUUGGUGUUUGUUUUCCUUCCAUUAGGUUUAGCUUCUAGUUAUCUCCAGUUGGGAGAUCCUGAGAAGUCUGGUUGUGGGAUUGAACUUGGGGAAGGAACCCUCUUCAGGAUGACCACGUCCCAUAUGACUCUGAGCCCCAGGCUUGCCACCAGACUGGACUUUGUCACUGGGCCUGACUCAGCAGCUCCGAAGCCUGUGCCACAGCUUCGCUGACUUUUCAGCCACACCUUUGGAGGCCACCUUCUCCUGCAGACUGGAAGGGGCUUUCCUCGCCCGUCCCCUUCCCCUUUCAAGUCUAGCAGUGAAACCUCCUGUUUGCCCCAACAGUGAAAAGUUGCCUUCCCACCCCUACCUGGGGGCCAAGAAUUCGUUUUUAUUGAUAUGUCAAUUGGAAGGACCUAUUUUACUAGUUGUUUUUUAUGUUGUUGUUUUUUUAAAAAUAUAUUUUUAUUGACUUCAGAGAGAAAGGAAGAGGGAGAGGGAGAUAGAAUCAUCAAUGAUAAGAGAAACUCAUUGUUUGGCUGCCUCCUGCAUGCCCAUACUGGGGAUCGAGCCCGCAACUCAGGCAUGUGCCCUUGACUGGAAUCGAACCUGGGAUCUUUCAGUCCACAGACCAACACUCUAUCCACUCAGCCAAACUAGCUAGCCCAGUUUUUUUUAUUGUUGUUGUUGUUGUUGUUGUUUUUGUUUUUAAGUAAGAUAUACUGGGGUGUUGGAUUUUUAAAUAGAAUCUCUUUCUGUGUUUGAGUGAUUGCUAUUAGUUCCAGAAGUAUUCUCUUGUGGUCAUGACCCAGUUAUGGAGCUCUUGAGUUUAGGAAAGACAACAGUGAUGAAAUUUGCAUGAGAUAGGUUAAAUAUCUCAUGAGGAGUGAAAGAACCUGAGGAAGAUAACAUGAUCCAAGAGGGGACUGUGCACAGCAGCCUUCUCAAUAGCCCAGAGGUCCAAGGAAACGGGAGUAUUUACAGCCUUGCCUGCACUUAAAAUACAUUGAUAUGUGGAGAGGCAGUUUCUGCAGACAACAUGUGCACACCCACACAAAACACAAAUCCUAGGGCUUCCUCUUUCUGAAUGUUAAUCCACUUACAGAGCAGUGAUUCCCAAACUUUCUUGGGUUGUUUAGAUUUUGUUCUUAUUUGUUAGAUUUUAUGACAGUGGUUCUCUCUUUUUAAAAAUGUACCAUAUGUGUUAUAUGUAUGUGUGUGUGUGUGCGUGUGUGUGUGUAUAAAAGUAACUUGAAAUUUAUUUGAUUUGACGUUGUCUCAAGAACCCUAGGUUUCGUUAUUGAUACCUCAGGGUGUCAUAGAAAGACAGUUGAAUCUCGCUGAUCUGGAUUCAGAUCAGUGAAGAUCAGUGGGAUCCAGAAAGAAGCAGUUUUGGUUCCUGCUCAGUUAGUCCUCAGGUGUUUGCAUAACUAACCCAGCUGGACUUGGCAAAUGCAGUAAGCCACCCAAGGAAACCAAAAUGGUAGUUUUUGCCCAAAUUUCAUCAUUCAUUUUAAUUUCCUACUCAGUUCUUAUUUUUCAAUCAAAUGUCUUCUUUUUCCCUAGGGAAUUUUUUAGUUCAGGACCUAGAACCAGAUGUACCUGCUGUAGAGAGAUUAACACAGAAGCUGUGUUUUAGGAGCCUCCAUCAUCUGUGUGGGGGUACACAUUUGUGUAUAAUAGCAUAUCUGUGUCAUUUCUAAACUCCCAAGGGAAACAUUUCAAUUGCCAGUUCACCAAAAGGUUAAAUGCUCAUUGAGUCAAUGACCACUGUCCUGCAGAGAAGUUGAAAUAAAUAGUAAAGCUGAAGUUUUGACUGGUGCUUAGACAUUUCCUAGUUACGUUGAAAUUAACUCAAGCAGACAGCAGCACAUUAACCUGAAUCACACCUGUGAGGAAUUUACCUUUUAAAUUGGCUUUUCUUUUUUCAUCUCCAGGGCCUUAAUAAAAGUGUGUUAAUACACAUGACUAUUUUACAAUGAUAGCGCUAAAUAAUUUAUUUUUUAUUUCAAGAAAGAGAAAUACACCUUAGAAAAACAAAACCCAAGAUUUUAUUUUAUUUUUAAAGCCAUAUUUUUGUGCUGGUAGCACUUAGAUUGUUCCACAUGUGAGAUCCAUAUCUGCAUUUCAUUACCUGGGUUUGUUCUAAAGAAGAUUUAUUUUUGUUCUGUGAAUAAUUUUUGAUGGUUCUUGUACAUGUACAGAUAUAGAUACGUUUGAGGUCUUUUAUUGAUAAUCUUACAAAGAAUUCAAAUAAACUUUAACUUUAAACAUU